AUGCAGGAGUGCGUGGGCACGUUUCCCUACGCCGCCCCGGAGGUGAUCAACCGGGAGAAGUACAUCGGACCCGAAGUCGACGUCUGGUCCCUCGGCGUGGUGCUGCUGGCGAUGCUCACCGCGCAGAUGCCCUUCGGCGCGCCCACGGAGGAAAUGUCGCGCCAGCUGGCCGCCGCCGGUCAGUUCUGUGUGCCGCCCGACAUCUCCGACGCGGCGCUGGACCUCCUGGCCAGCAUCCUCCAGCCCAACGCCGCCGCGCGCAUCACCCUCGACGACCUCUGGCACCACCCGUGGAUGCGCGUCAUGACCUCCGGCAGCAGCGGCGGAGGCAACGGUGUCGACCUAAGAGGGUCGACGACAAGGUUUGCGAAGCCAAAGAGCGAAGAGGUUGGUGAUGAGACGGCGGAGAAGAAAACGAAGACGACGCAGAAGGCGAAGAAGAAAGAAGAAGAGGAACGACGAAAGGCGGAGAAGAAAAAGAAAAACAAAGAGAGGGAAACGGAAACUGAGGAAGAGGCGGUGGAGAAGGCGGUGGAGAGCCCGGGGUCUGGUGACGACUCCCCAACGAAGCAGAAGAAGCGAUCGCGAGUGCACCGCGCUGCGUCGCUGCUCUUCCGGCGGACGACCAACGCCAUGACGGGGGCGGGAAAUAAGAAGAGGGGACGAUCGACGUCGGCCAUGGCCUCGACCAACUCCUCCAUCAUCAGCCUCUCCAACGAUCGAGUCCGCACCCUCGCCACCAACUAA